UCCAGCAGUCGCCCCACCUCCUUGGCAGACUGGUGGCAGACAACAGCUGACGCCAGAGAUUUCCUCACGUGAUCACCGCAGCUCCCUACUCCAUUCCUUGUCCCCGAGAGUCAGAGUGGGCACUUCCAGGGACUCCUGUGGCGUGCACCAGGUAGCUGUGUGCUUCGGGGCGUUGGAGAGACAAUUAAUCAGUGACAGGAAGCCCAGCUGCAGUCAGACAAGCCUCAAGGCCGGUCCCAGGAGUCUCCGGUCUCCCACCUGUGCCUGCCAUGGCGCCACUGAAGGUGCUGCUGCUCCUGUCGGGAGUUCUGGGGGCUCUUGCUGAGCUCUGUGUAAUACCACAGGUGGACAGCCAGCUGGUAGAGAAGCUGGGCCAGCAGCUCUUACCUUGGAUGGACCGGAUCUCCUCAGAGCAAUUGAACCCCAGCGUCUAUGUUGGUCUGCGCCUUUCCAAUAUGCAGGCUGGGACCAAGGAGGACCUCUACCUGCACAGCCUCAAGCUCGAUUAUCAGCAGUGCCUCCUAGGGUCUGUCUCCAGGGAUGACAACAGUGGUUGCCAGACCAAGCCUUCAGCAGGCCACCUGGCCCUCUACCUGCUUGCCCUCAGGGCCAACUGCGAGUUCAUUGGGAGCCGCAAGGGGGACCGGCUGGUCUCACAGCUCAAGUGGUUCUUGGAAGAUGAGAAAAACGCCAUUGGGCAAAACCAUGAAGGUCACCCCCAUACCAGCUAUUACCAGUACAGCCUCAGCAUCCUGGCACUGUGCGUCCACCAGAAGCGGGUCCAUGACAGUGUGGUGGGCAAGCUCUUGUAUGCUAUUGAACAUGGCCACCAUGUCCGCCAGGGCCACCUCUCUGUGGACACAGAAGCCAUGGCUGGCUUGGCCUUCACCUGUUUGGAGCGUUUCUUUUUCAAUCCUGAUUUGAGACCACGAAUCACCAUGGCUAUUGAGACAGUGCGAGAGAAGAUCCUGAAGGCCCAGACCCCUGACGGCAACUUUGGGAAUGUCUACAGCACCCCACUGGCACUACAGUUUCUGAUGACCUCCCCUGCUUCUGGGGUAGGACUGGGUGCAGCAUGCCUCAAGGCAAGGGCAUCUCUGCAGGCCAGUAUCCAGGGCGGGGCCUUCCAGAAUCCUCUGAUGAUUUCACAGCUGCUUCCGGUGCUGAACCACAAGACCUACCUGGAUCUUAUCUUCCCAGACUGCCAAGCACCCAGGGUCAUGUUGGUACCAGCUGUUGAGGACCCUUCACCAGCCCAUUUCCCAGGGGUCAUCAGUGUCACGCUGAAGGUCUCCAGUGUCCUGCCACCAUACAAACAAACAUUUUUUAUCCUUUCGGGGUCCUCGUUGGAAGAUGUCCUGAAGAUGGCUCAAAACAUAGGAGGAUUCACGUAUGGGACACAGCCCUCUUUGUCAGGCCCCUACCUGACAUCCGUACUGGGGAAAGAAGUUGGGGAUCGAGAAUUCUGGCAGCUCCUCCGAGACCCUGACACCCCCCUGCAGCAAGGCAUUGCUGACUACAAACCCCAGGAUGGGGAAACCAUUGAGCUUCGCCUAGUUAGCUGGUAGUCUUGGGCUCCCUCCUGAUGUCCUUGUACCCUGCUGCCACCUCAAGUGCAUUUGGAGCAAUGUCCCUCAGAUCACUUCCACUAUCUCAGCAAAGAGAAUCCUAAGCUAGCCCUGCCUAACCCAGAGGCCUUUCAUGAAGGUUGCAGCAGUCUAAAGUACAGGCUGCCCUUGACUUCCUCCGCACAAGAAGUCUGCUGUCUGUAGGUGUUGCGAACCACUCAGGGCUCUGGGACUGGAGUCCUGCAAGGAGGCCUCCACAGCCCAGGGGCUGUGGUUCUGACCCCCUCCCCCACAACUUUUGCUCUCUAUUGUCAGGGUGGUGUUCCCAGAGCUGGUCAUAAGGCAGCUGCUGGCCAGCCUCCAGCCUUCAGCGGGGCCUUCCAAAAUAAUUAAAGCCUUGAUUUCCCUUUCCUA